AUGUGCUACGUCUUGUCUAUCGGCCAACUUUCUUUCUUUUCUUUAUGCGCCACGCCCGUGGUACACAGUCACUAGUUUCCCCGCAUGAAUACAGCAACGGGAUCAAUCCUGAAAACGUGUACAGCAGGCACGUCAACAGUGUUUCACCCUAGCCAUGCGGAUCAUACAUGAACGGUUGUGAUGAUGAAUGAAGUCACAUUAAAGAUCAAUAGCACCCACUCAAAAGCAGCCCAUCCAUUCCACCCCAUCUCUCUUUUCUUCUCUCCAUCACCUCAUCUAGUCUCUCUCCAAUCCACUUUUUUCAAAAAAUGAAAUUCUCAAUCGCUUCCCUUUUGGUCACCUUGACAAUGGGCUCAGCAGCCAUGGCAGCCGUUGCACCUGAACCUGCAACUCGGGUAGAAAAACGUCAAAUUCCAACAGAUCCAGCAGCACUUUCAAGUUUAUUAGCCAACCCUUCUGCCGCUUUUGCAGAAGCAACUUCACUUUUGGCAAAUCCUCAAGUUUCUUCCGAAUUUCGUCAAUUGGUUACAGCUUCUUCUUUUGAAGCUGAAGUUUCUUCCGCUUACGUUCAACAAUUAGGUACUAAAACAGGUGAAGCAGCUCUUUCAUCUUACAAAGUUAUCGUUAAUAGCUUAUUGGGAGAAUCAACUUCUGCCGCUGGAUCUUCAUCAACAAGUGCUGGUAGCUCAAAUUCCGGCUCUGGCAGCAGCGGUAGCAGCGGAUCCGGCCACAACGGUGCUUCAGGCAUCCUCGCACUUUCUGCAAUGGGCUCAGCAGUUGUUGUUGGUGCUGCCGUCGUUAUGGCAGCACUCUAAUGUGCAUUGGAUGAUCAAGGAAAUUUAAUCUUAAAUUGAAUCCCACUCCUAUGAAUUAUCUUUUAUAUUUUUAUGCAGAAUCAUUAAAUGUUUGAAUGACGAUGGAAUUAUAUGCCCAGAAGAGAGAAAAGCUACUAUACAUUUUUUAAAGAGCCAAAUUUUUGCAUGUGAAAGCAGGGCGGGUGGAACCGCUAUAAUCGACAAUAAUUGCCUCUACAGCAGCAUAUAAACCUGGACCUAAUAAGAAUAGACCGACGGCAAAGAC